CGGAGCGCGGGAGUGAGGUACCGAGCCCAGCCCACCUGACCCCCUAGAUUCGGCCUCGGACUCCUGGGUGCUGCAGGUCGAGGCCUGCAAGAUGGAGGAAGGCGGGAACCCGGGAAGCCUGACUAAGGUGGUCCAUCUGCUGGUCUUGUCAGGGGCCUGGGGCAUGCAAAUGUGGGUGACCUUCGUCUCAGGCUUCCUGCUCUUCCGAGGCCUUCCCCGACAUACCUUCGGCCUGGUGCAGAGUAAACUCUUCCCUUUCUACUUUCACAUCUCCAUGGGCUGUACCUUCGUCAACCUCUGCAUCUUGGCCUCACAGCGUUCCUGGGCUCAGCUCACAUUCUGGGAGGCCAGCCAGCUCUGCCUGCUGCUCCUGAGCCUCACACUGGCCACCAUCAACGCCCGCUGGCUGGAGCCCCGCACCACAGCUGCUCUGUGGGCCCUACAGACCAUGGAAAAGGAGCGGGGCCUGGGCGGGGAGGUGCCGGGCAGCCACCAGGGCUCGGACCCCUACCGCCAGCUGCGAGGGCAGGACCCCAAGUACAGUGCCCUCCGCCAGAUCUUCUUCCGCUACCAUGGCCUGUCCUCCAUUUGCAACCUGGGCUGCGUCCUGAGCAAUGGGCUUCAUCUUGCAGGCCUCGCUCUGGGCCUCAGGAGCCUCUAGCACCCACUGACUCUCUGUCCCUGCCGGGGCCCGAAAUGUCAAUAAAUGCUUCUUUGAAAAUCA